CUAUCUCGACUGAUUGCUAACACCACCUCCACCGUACGUGAAAGCGUGAAAGCAGUAUCAGUGCUAUGUUAUAGCAAUUUCAGUGUUAGUCACGAAACUCAACUCGGUGGUGAACCAUACGAAAAAAAUUGUUGUGGGCUACUUUCAUUAUUUAUAAAAUAAACAGUAUCGAUUAUAGAUUGGAAAUUUUCAUCAGUGUAUUGAUACAAUCUUUCAUAGUCGGCUAUUUUUUUUUUAUUUAUUUUUUAAUCAAAUAAUUUCGGUGAAAUGAUGGACCCCAUAGUCCAACAUCCCGUUUUUCCACGUACAGGUCAACCAUUAAAACAGUUAAAUAUGAUAGCUAAAAAACCACCUGUGGAUAUCGAAUUUUGCGAUUUGAAUUAUUCGAUUGCCGAUUCGAGAGUUAAAGGGGGAUGGAGACAACUUCUGAAAUAUGUAAAUGGGAAAUUCAGAUCUGGAGAACUGACAGCCAUAAUGGGACCAUCUGGGGCUGGAAAAUCUACAUUGCUGAACAUUCUAGCUGGAUACGUAACAGCAGGUGUUAAGGGUAGCAUAAAAAUAAACGGAAAACCUCGUGACAUGAAGCUAUUUAACAAAUUAUCGUCUUAUAUUAUGCAAGAAGAUUUAGUUCAACCCAGGUUGACUGUCAGAGAAUCUAUGGUUGUAGCGGCUAAUUUAAAACUAGGAUCGACGAUUGGAUAUCAUAAAAAAUUGGCUGUGGUGGACGAGGUGAUCAAUCUAUUAGGCUUAGAAAAGUGUUAUGACACAAAAACCGAAUAUUUGUCAGGAGGACAAAGAAGACGAUUGACAGUAGCUCUAGAAUUAGUGAAUAAUCCACCUAUCAUAUUUUUAGAUGAACCUACAACCGGGUUAGAUAAUGUGUCUAUUAAACAAUGUAUAGAAUUACUUAAGAAAAUUUCCAAAAUGGACAGGACUGUUAUUUGUACAAUACAUCAACCACCUGCUUCGUUAUUUCAAAAUUUUGAUCAAGUUUAUGUGAUGGCAAACGGUUACUGCGUUUUCAAUGGUUCACCUGGUCAGUUAGUUCCUUUCAUGUCUUCAGCAAAUUGUAUAUGUCCAGCUACUUCCACACCAGCUGACUAUAUUAUUGAAAUAGUACAAAUGUAUCCAGAGAACAUAAAUGCUCUCCAAACACAUGCCCAGAAUGGAAAAUAUAAUAUGAGAUGUAAUAAGGAACAACGACAAAAUCAGAUAGAGUCUUUUGAAACUAGCGAAAUCUAUCAAGAUACAACACAAGCAGGUAUUUCGUUCCAAGACGUGGACUAUCCAACGUCUUUUUGGACGCAGUUCAUCAUCCUUUUAUCGAGAAUGGCUUUGCAAAUGCGUAGGAAUAAAUCCAUGUUGUACAUACAGUUUUUUCAUCAUCUCACAUCGGGUCUACUGAUUGGAGGCAUAUUUUAUGGAAGCGGAAAUGAUGCAAGUCAAAUCCUUUCAGUUUUCAAAUAUUGUAUCAGUAUUAAUGUAUUUUUCAUGUACACUCAUGUGAUGUCUCCAGUAUUACUAUUUCCUUUAGAAGUUAGGUUAUUGAAACGAGAGUAUUUCAAUAGAUGGUUUAGUUUGAAGCCGUAUUUUCUCGCAGUCACCGUUAUCAAUUUACCCAUAUUGAUAUUUUGUGGAAUACUAUUCGUUUUGAUUGUUUUCUGCCUCUCUGGACAACCAAUGGAAUUUGACAGAUUCUUAUGGUUUUCGUUAGUGGGAAUCAGCGUCGGCUUAGCUUCGCAAGGCUUAGGAUACACCAUUGGAGCCACCUUUGAUAUCUUGAAUGGAUCCGUGGUAGCUCCCCAUAUUCUAGCAGUAAUUCUAGCACUUGGAGUAUACGGAAUGGGUUACAAAAACAAAAUAGAAUCUUUUAUGAAAGUGAUAAUAUCGUUCAGUUAUAUGAGAUUCGGUUUGGUCGGAAUUGCAAGUUCUCUUUUUAACAACAGACAAGAUAUACCGUGUGAAGAUUUCUACUGUCAUUAUAGGGAUCCGGAAGUACUGAUGCAGGAUAUGGGCAUGGAUCGAACUUUGCCUGUUUACCAGUUCGGAUACAUCAUGAUAUUUACGGUGUUCUUCAGGAUCAUCGCUUAUCUUGCCUUAAAAUACAGGAUGACAUCGGAACUUAGGAAUAAGUUGGUGUAUUAUGCUACGAAAAUUGUUAAACAAAAAGAAACUUAAUUUUUUAACGAUUUACAAUUCUUUAUUUAUUAUUUAUUUAUAGUGAUGAACUAGGGCUUUAUUUUAUUAUUUGUUUAGAUAAUAUACUUAAAGAUGUAUGUGAUAUAUAUUUUAUAGUUGUUAAUGUCUUUUAUAUUGUGUUUAAAUAAUUUUUAAAAAAGAUAACGUGAUUUUUUACAACGUGCAAUAUCCAUCUGAAUAAAACAAUUUUGAAAAUAAUUAUAUUUUUUCAAUACUUCUAUGUUUUGUUUCGUUGUAUUCUUAUUGGCAAUUUCAGCUCUGUUUUUUGAAUUUUUGUUAUUGAAAAAUUGCAGAUUGUUCGGUAUUCUUUCAGUUAUUUCUAUUAAUAUUUUGAGAAAAAGUGUAUUAUAAUAAUUUUAAUAUUUUUAGGCAUAUAAUUUAAUUUUAAUAAAAUAAAGAGUUAUUGGUAAACAAUCAGAUUAAUCAGAGGGUACUGCAUGUUGUUAAAUGAAUUGAAAUAGCAAGUGGUAUAUUAUAAUCAACUUUUUUGUACAAAUUUUAUAGGCUCUUUUUAUAGUUGGUAAAAAUUGAAAAGGAUUACCGCCUUCUAAAAGUAUUAUAAAAGUAAUAUAAACAUAAGGAUAUGUGUUUUUUAUAUACCUGUACUUUUAAUAAAAAUAAAUAUUUAA